AUGUGCAGUAUCGGUGGAUGCUGCCCACAUCGCGAUCCCUCCCCCCGGCCAUAUGGCGAUGAGCUUGUCUGCGCCAUCGCCAGCACCCGUGGAACAAACCAUAGCAUUCUGGACCAUCUGGAACACCCCAACGGCCCCAACAUUCAGGACCGCCUGAACCUCGGGCUCUCUGCCCCAGCCGCCGACCCUACACGACAAACAGUCUCGAGCAACGCGUCGAGCCUCCGCAGGCGCCACGGUGAUUGGACCCUCUCCCAGCAGACUCUGUCCUGCGAUGUCAAUCGCCAGUCGGUCGGUUCAUCUGUCCCCCAGGCCCCCAGGUCGACCGUCAGCAAGGGCACACCGAGAGCACCGAAACCGACGGGCAUGCAGCUCAGACUGGUGGUGGCCCCCAGAGCCACUCCACCCACCCCGCCGAUCAUUGCUGGUUGGCCGCCCCUGAUAAGGCGGGCGUGCUGGGCGCCUCCACUGGGACACCACUAA